GUCUCUUUGCCAGUAGAGGAAUGAGCAUGAACUCAAGUGUGUCGGGAGUAGGAGGAAGUGGUAGUGGAGGUGGAGGAAGAUGUUGGCCUUCCACCACUUCAGUUUCAGCAUCAGGGAAGAGGAUUCAGAAGGAGAUGAUGGAGCUCAACGCGGAUCCUCCUGAUGACUGCUCCGCUGGUCCCAAGGGUGACAAUCUCUAUCACUGGGUCUCCACCCUCAUUGGCCCUUCAGGAACGCCCUAUGAAGGUGGUAUAUUUUUUCUUGACAUCACCUUUCCAUCUGACUAUCCAUUCAAACCUCCAAAGGUAGUAUUUAAAACUCGAAUCUACCACUGCAAUGUUGAUUCUGCUGGCAAUCUAAGUGUGGAUAUCUUGAAGGACAGUUGGAGUCCAGCCCUAACCAUCUCUAAUGUGCUACUUGCAAUUAGAUCAAUUUUUACAAAGCCUGACCCUUAUAACGCUCUUGUUCCUGGCAUUGCCCACUUGUACUUGGCUGACAGACCUAAACAUGAUGAAGUAGCCACAGAGUGGACCCUGCGAUUUGCUAGAUAUGAGUCUAAGCAUACAAACUUGGGUAGAUUGAUGGAAACCUAUGGUCCACGGCUACUAGGGUUAUCAUACAAAGAUCCUAUAACAAGUCACGGCCUCUUUCAGAAGUUCUCUGUUCAAAAUCCUGAGGUCUACUGGACGAUGGUUCUAAAAGAGCUUUCAGUUUUGUUCCAUAGAGCCCCAAGGUGCAUUCUAGAUACAACUGACAAAUCAAAGCAUGGGGGAACAUGGCUUCCUGGUGCAGUUUUGAAUAUCGCUGAAUGUUGUUUGCUACCUGUAAGUUACCUGAGAAAGCAUGAUAACAGUUUGGCUGUUGUAUGGAGAGAUGAAGGCAAUGAUGAUUCUCCUGUUAAUCAGAUGACAUUAAAAGAACUCCGAGAACAAGUAAUGUUGGUGGCAAAUGCACUAGAUGCUACUUUCACAAAGGGUGAUGCUAUUGCAAUUGACAUGCCGAUGACAGUCUAUGCAGUUAUCAUAUAUUUGGCAAUUGUUCUAGCAGGAUUUGUUGUUGUAUCAAUAGCCGACAGCUUUGCAGCCAAGGAAAUCACAACUCGUUUGCGUGUUUCAAAAGCAAAGGGUAUCUUCACUCAGGACUUCAUUGUAAGAAGAGGUCGAAAAUUUCCUUUGUACAGUCGAGUUGUAGAAGCUGCUCCACAUAAAGUGAUUCUGCUCCCCGCAAUAGGAAAAGAUGUAAAUGUUCAAUUAAGAGAACAAGAUUUAUCAUGGAAAGAUUUCCUUUCCCGUGCUGAUCAUCUUCCAAGACCAAAUUACUACUCACCGGUCUAUCAACCAAUAGAUGCUGUGACUAAUAUCCUCUUUUCAUCAGGAACCACGGGAGAUCCUAAAGCUAUUCCAUGGACUCAAGUUUCUCCAAUUCGAUCUGCUGCUGAUGCAUGGGCACAGUCCAAUAUUCAAGUUGGAGAUGUCCUUUGUUGGCCCACAAAUUUAGGAUGGAUGAUGGGACCUUUUAUAAUUUAUGCAUCCUUGCUAACCGGUGCAGCUCUAGCUCUCUAUCAUGGAUCUCCUCUUGACCGUGGCUUUGGAAAGUUUGUUCAGGAUGCGGGAGUAACUAUCUUGGGUACAGUUCCAAGCCUAGUGAAGACUUGGAAGAAUAUGGGAUGUAUGGAAGGCUUAGAUUGGACAAAGAUAAAGUCAUUUGCUUCCACUGGAGAAACAUCCAACGUUGAUGAUGACCUUUGGCUUUCUUCAAGGGCUCAUUACAAACCCAUUAUUGAAUGUUGUGGAGGCACAGAGCUUGCAUCAAGCUACAUCCAAGGAAGCAUGUUUCAACCGCAAGCUUUUGGAGCAUUUAGCAGCACUGCGAUGACAACAGGCUUUGUCAUUCUAGAUGAAAAUGGUGUUCCCUAUCCAGACGAUCAACCUUGUGUUGGUGAAGUGGGUUUGUUCCCUCUAAUCAUGGGAGCAACUGAUCGGUUACUAAAUGCUGACCAUGAGGAGGUCUACUUCAAGGGAAUGCCAAUGUACAAAGGAAUGCACCUCAGGAGACAUGGGGACAUCAUUAAGAGAACCGUAGGAGGUUAUUUUGUUGUACAAGGCAGAGCUGAUGACACCAUGAAUCUUGGAGGCAUCAAGACAAGUUCAGUUGAAAUUGAACGUGUGUGUGACAAGGCCGAUGAAAGUAUUUUGGAGAGUGCUGCAAUUAGCACUGCACCACUAAAUGGCGGUCCAGAAAUGUUAGUUGUAUUUGUGGUACUGAAGAAAGGAUGCAAUUGUGAACCCGAUGAACUGAAGAUGAAAUUCUCAAAAGCCAUACAGAGGAACCUUAACCCUCUGUUUAAGGUGAGCUUUGUUAAGAUUGUGCCCGAGUUUCCUCGAACUGCUUCUAACAAGAUACUGAGGCGAGUUUUGAGGGACCAAAUUAAGCACGAGCUUUCAGUUCGGAGUAGAAUUUAAAGCGACAUCAUCAAUUGUUGUGGGUGUGAUAACUUUUGAGAGAUGUGUGAUUGGAUUAUCCCAAAGGUCAUUGUGUCAAUGUUACUAAUAAGACAUGUAUUUCUUACAAUCAUAAUAAUGACCUAUCAUCAUAAUAUUAUUAUCAAUGAAGUGAAGGCAGGAUGUAGCUUGCCUUUUCUGUUUGGUUCAUAAGAAUGUUUCAUCACUAAGAUUAGUCCUUCCAAUUAUAAGAACUUGGAUUUGAUAAUAAACCGUACUAAUUUUCACCAUUCAAUUUUCUUUUGCCUCA